AUGUUGGAAAUGGAGAGGGAGUUUGAUUCAAAGUUAAGGAUUCAAAGCAGCAAUCAUCCUUCUUCAUCGUCUAAUAAUAACAAUGGGAAUGUGCAGAGAUCUAAAAGCUUUGCAUUUAGAGCUCCUCAAGAGAAUUUCACCAUUCAGGAUUUUGAGCUUGGCAAGAUCUAUGGUGUUGGGUCUUAUUCAAAGGUAGUGAGAGCAAAGAAGAAGGAUACAGGAACUGUAUAUGCCUUGAAGAUCAUGGACAAAAAAUUCAUCACCAAAGAAAAUAAAACAGCUUAUGUGAAGCUAGAACGCAUUGUGCUUGAUCAAUUGGAUCAUCCUGGAAUUGUGCGGCUCUUUUUUACUUUUCAAGACAAUUAUUCUCUGUACAUGGCACUUGAAUCCUGCGAAGGCGGAGAACUUUUUGACCAAAUAACUAGAAAAGGCCGUUUACCAGAGGAUGAAGCUCGCUUUUAUGCUGCAGAAGUUGUGGAUGCUCUUGAAUACAUACAUAGUAUGGGGUUAAUACAUCGAGAUAUAAAGCCAGAGAACUUGUUACUCACCGCAGAAGGACACAUUAAAAUUGCUGAUUUUGGGAGUGUGAAGCCCAUGCAGGAUAGUCGCAUAACUGUCCUUCCAAAUGCAGCUUCAGAUGACAAGGCUUGCACAUUUGUGGGAACUGCUGCAUAUGUCCCUCCAGAAGUCCUUAACUCUUCUCCUGCGACUUUUGGAAAUGACCUCUGGGCACUUGGCUGCACUUUGUACCAGAUGCUUUCAGGGACUUCUCCUUUCAAAGAUGCAAGUGAAUGGCUUAUAUUUCAAAGAAUUAUUGCCCGGGAUAUAAGGUUUCCUGAUUAUUUUUCAGAAGAAGCGAGAGACCUCGUCGAUCACUUAUUAGAUAUAGAACCCAGCAGAAGACCUGGUGCUGGACGUGGUGGUUAUGCUGUGCUCAAGAAUCAUCCUUUCUUUGAGGGAGUUGACUGGAAGAAUUUAAGGGGAGAAACCCCUCCAAAACUUGUUUUGGAGCCAACGGUGCAAUCAAGUGACAGUGAACAUGAAACUGGGUCUCCAUAUAACCCUACACAUGUUGGAGACGGUUUGUUGACACAAAAUGAUGGAAACGCUGGAGUCUCAUCUUCUGCUGAAGGAACUGCUCACAUAACUAGACUUGCUUCAAUCGACUCCUUUGAUUCCAAAUGGCAACAGUUUUUGGAUCCAGGGGAAUCUGUUCUUAUGAUCUCAAUGGUGAAGAAAUUACAGAAACUGACGAGCAAGAAGGUACAGCUUAUCCUUACCAACAAGCCAAAGUUGAUAUACGUGGAUCCUUCAAAGUUAGUGGUGAAGGGAAAUAUAAUUUGGUCUGACAAUUCUGAUGACCUGUGUGUCCAAGUUACAAGUCCUUCACAUUUCAAGAUCUGCACGCCGAAGAAGGUAAGGUCAUUUGAGGAUGCUAAGCAGAGAGCAUGGCAGUGGAAAAAGGCAAUUGAGAGUCUUCAAAAUCAGUGA